UUGUAGGCAGCCAGUUAACAACAAGGCGCCAAAAAUUUCAAAUAGGACCGCAAACAUCAUCCUGUUGUUUUACAUUAGCAGUAUCUAGACUGCUAUGGCUAUGUACUCAAGGCAAUUAAAUAAAUUGAUACGUCUUUGCAGCGGUGGAAGACAUAGGAAAUUAAUGAUCAAAUGGCUACAGAAGAAAGGCUUACUUUGCAAAGCACCAAGUUGUCGCCACUGUGGAAAAAAGAUGAGAAUUAAAGCCCACAAUGGACGUGAUGGUUACAUAUGGACAUGUCGAAGAAACACGCAUCGCAGGAUUACACUAUCCAUUCGCUAUGGGUCACUGUUUUAUAACUCAAGGAUCCCCCUGGUAAAGUGGAUGGAAUUCAUAUACAGAUUUUCCCAGGGUCUACAUUUAAGACAAAUUGAUUUGAUGGAAGACUGUGUUGCCAAAACUUCAACAACAUUGUCCAGAAUGAACAAACUGCUCAGAAAGGUUUGCAUUAAGGCAUUGAGGAAUCUGAAAAGAAGAACGGGUCUUAGAGUUGGUGGGAAGUCAAGACAGAAGUUUGUGGCUAUAGAUGAGUCUAAGUUCGCUCACAAAAGAAAGUUUAAUCGUGGCCGCUGUUGUACUACUUGGCAGAGAAGAAAAGGCUGGGUGUUUGGGAUAAUGGAGUUUAAAGGAUCUCGCCGCCUACCAGUCUUAAAGAUGGUAAAGGACCGUUCCAGGACCACACUGAUGCCCAUUAUCACAAGACACAUCAGAAGGGGGUCAACUGUUUACAGCGACAAUUGGAGGGCAUAUCUGAAUGCGCUACAACCACUAGGAUACAGACACCUAACUGUAAACCAUAGCAAAAAUUUUGUUGAUCCCCAAACUGGCUGUCACACACAACAUAUUGAACGGGCAUGGCUAGCCAUCAAGGCACAGGUGUCAAGAUUCAGGGGUAACAAGACUACAAAACUAUUAAGAGAACAUUUGAAAUUCAUCCAGUGGCACUACUGGCUGGGAAGAAGAAAUAGGAAAGGCUCCUUGGCACAGUUGAUCCAUGAUAUUAGAAAAGCAUACAGGUUUAGAUUUCACUGAAGAUGUAUCAUCCCCCAAUGCAUGACUUAUUAAUUUUUUUUUUGGGCUCUAGAUAAUCUCUGUUAUCAAACUAUGAACUAUAUGAUUGAUCCUGGUGCAUUACUGCACAGCACCGAUUUACUCUUUAUUUCCUGUACAUUACAGUGUUCUGUUCCUGUUUAAGAACAGUGUAAUUGUUCAAUUGCAAUGCCUGCUACAUUAAAUUAAAUGAGGUUAGGGUUAACAUUAUAAUGCAAUAAAUAA